AGGCGGGCUGGGCCACGCGGAGUCGCGGCCUUUGUGCAGCGGCGGCCGGGCUCGGAGCCCAGGCGUCGUGGACGUAGGGUGCUGUCGGCCUGGUAACGAAGCCCCUCGGCCGGUGGGCCGGAAGCCAUCGCCUGGCCUUCUGGCGGGAGACGUGUGGGCAGGGACACCUCUCGUCCUGAACUCUGCCUGUUUUGGCCGUUUGGAAAAGCCGAGAAACCGUCCAAGUCUCCACCAAAUUGCCCGUGGAUGAGGUGUCAUGUAGCUUAUCAGGAUGUGGUUUUACAGUAACAAUGAACGUGGUAGAAUAAAUGGGAAGUGGCAACCUGUUGACAGCGAUACCUGUCAAGUAGUAUCAUCCAGUGGACUUGGGUUGCUACCUGGUAGGAAUUUGAUUUGCCAUCUUGCAUGCUUGCAUGUACCUCGUUGCUGGAUGCACAGAUGUCCUAUGUAGGGUUGUUGACUUAUGGAAGCCAAUCACUAGGAGGGGCCCACCAUCUGCUGGCCCAAACUGGACUCCCAGUCUUGAAAGUGGCUCAGUCCCCACUGUAAGCCACUACUAACCAAAGGGAGUGAAUGGCUAGUGAGUGUGGCCUGUAAGUUCAAAAUACGAGAAUUUGCAGGGUGACAAAGGAAUUGAUGAGGUCAUACUGCCUUUGGGUUGGGCAGGAGGCUGCAGCUGUAGCGUUGGUCACCACAGCUGUAUCUCCACACCAGUCCAGCAAGUAGGAGUUGUCCAGAUGUGUUGGGUAAGCCCCAUGUAACCAGUGUAAGGGUCCAGGAUAGCCAGCUGGGGGCCCGCUGCUUGCUCACAGUCCAAUUGGCAAAGCAAGGUCUGCAUCCACAGGUUCAGUCAGCUGAAGAACAGUGAGGCUGAAGGGCUACCCUUUGACAUCCAUGUGGCCAGGGGACAGGCACUUCUCAGUGCUUGUUGCAGGUUUACCUUGUAGGAAGUAGGAUUUUGACUGGUGUGCCCAGUUUUGGCCUUCUGCCGUCAUCAUUCCCCUCCCAUGUGAUCUCUUCUAGUUUUCACGUCAACUUUCCUUGACAUCUUCCAAAUCUCCAUCUCCAGCGCUGGCCUCCUUUCUGAUCCAUAAACCCCUGCUUGUAGCUGCUCUUUUCAGCUUUGCUGUGGAUUGCUUUGACACCAAGUAGUUUGACCCAAGCCGAGCUCCUGUUACAGUCCAUGCCAGAACAACCCUUAGGCCUGUCUAAAGUCACCUUGGUGCCUCUCUCAGGCCUUCAUGCAUUUCUCAGCAAGCCUUGCCACCUGUUUCCAACAGCAGACCUUUUCCCAGAAACUGGAACUUAAAGUCCUGGUCCGAGCUACCUGGUGAGCCUUUUAAUUCUCCCCCCUUUAUAAUUGGAUCCCCACUCUCACCCUCUUAGUAGCUUUUCUGGACACGAGGAAUUCUUUAAAUUGCAUGAUGUUAUAAAACUGGGGUAUUACAGACUCAGGCCUGCUUGUUUGGGUGGCAAAGCAACUGUAUCACUUCCUAGCUUUGUGACCUUGAGCAAGUUGUUUAACCUUUCUGUCAGUGCUGGGUGAGCUCAUGAAGUCCUUAGAGCAAGGCCUGUAUGAGGGUUGGCUGCCAUUGCUACCCUUCUGUGCAGUAUCCUGUUUCUCACAAUAAAAAAGAUUAAAAAACAAAAAAACCGAAGACUUGCUGACCUGACUUGCUGUCACUUCCCCUCACAUAGCACCCUAGCUUGGCCACACCAUGUCUCUGCCCCAGGGCCUUUGCUUUUCCUCUAGGUGUCCUCUACAGUGACCUCCUUUUACCCUUGCUUCCACCUGCCUCUGUCUGUUUCAUCUUUAGGUGGGUCCUGGCUGUAGAGCCUAGUGUAGUCUUUUAGAAGCUGCUUCCUGCUUCCCAGGUUUUUUCCCCCUUUGUUUCAGCUAGAAUAUUUGUCAAUAUGUGACAUCAUAGAUAAUUUUCUUGUUAUUAUCCAUCUCCCCCACUGAUAUGUAAGCUCUGUGGGGCAAGUGUUUUGUCUGCCUUUUGCUUAACACUUACAAAUGAUGUGUGCCUUAUAGAAGGCAUUUAGCAAAUAGUUGAUUAACGAAUUGAGUAAGCUUACAGAGGGAAAAGUCAGAAACCUAUCUAGGACUGUCCACUGCUGAGCCCAAGAGUUAAACAGUUUUCCUGCUCCUGCAAGAUGUGUACUCAUGGGCCUCAGGGUACUACCUGUGCUAUGUAUCUCUUUAAAGCCCUGUCCCCUUUAAGACUUACUAAUGUCUUCAUUUAUUGUUUUCAUUUUGUAGUUCUACCCUGGCUCCUUAGCCCAUAACAUGUAGCAUGCUCCCCCUUCCUGGGCCACUCUUUGUCUCUAUCCCUGCCUACUUGGGUCUUCUUCCCAUUAGUAUGUUCUAUCUUAGAAAGCACAGAUUUUGACUUCCUGUGGUCUCUGAACACCUACCAGGCCCUUUCCUGUUCUUAUUCGAGUCUGUUAGAACUAAGCGUGCUGACCUGUCUGUCCUCUGCAGUGGUCCUUGGUUGCCAGGAAACUAGCUUUGUCCCUUUGGUCUCCCUUCUGGUUCCUUAAUGAUUGCUGCUCUUCUCAGUCAUUCCUAAGCACCUUUGAUGGGAACACCUUUAGAGAGGUAGUUUGUUAACUUCCCAUUGAAUUAAAAACUGUGAGGCUGUCGUAGGUUAUAGGAAAUAAAAUGAUAGCAUAGUUUGACUUGUCAACUAUGUCCAGGCCAUGGGGUCCUUGUCUUCAUUAGUGGUAGCACCUCUCAAAGAAUAGAUUGUAAGUGGAUAUUUAAAUGGUUAAUUUAACCUAAACAAGCCUCUGGCUUUUAGGUUGUACCUUCAGCAAGGCAUAACCACUCCACUUAGUCCCUUUACUGUAAGCUGCUUAUAUAGAUGAUGUCUUCUGUCUCUUGUCUUCUCUGGGGUCUUAAGAAUAUGAGUUGUGUAGGUGUAACCAAGCUGUCACCCAUGGGCAUGGUCGUGUGUGUAUAUCUGCACCUGCACCAGUGUGCAUGGCAUGUGCAUGUUUCUGUGCAUGAUGUGGGAGUGUGCAUGUAUGUGUGUGUUUCUGCCAAUAGCCUUUCUUUGUGUGGACCUCUGGGUUUUGUGGCUAGCUCUGAUCUGCCUUCUCUGUUGUGUUGUCCCUCUUUUUACACAUCCUCUAUAGCAGAGCUUCCUGGGAGUAUAUCCUUCCCUCUCUGCUAGUUCCCUCUUGUGGUUUUGGUACUUUCCUCCCAGUUCAUGUGGUCGUCUCCACCAGACUUCUUCAGGGCUCCAGAGUUGUGUGGCCUGAGUACUUGUGAGACAGGGCUGCCUGCAGCAUCCCUCUAUUCUUCUCUCUAGCCUCGGUACCAGAGUGUGUCUGCAGAGAAGCCUUUUUCUUCACCUCCUUUUUUCUCCUUUCUACCCUAUAGGGUCUGCAAGCGUAGACAAUUCCUGUGACACUUUCUUAUUGUUUCCAGAGCUGCUUCUACAUCUUUGUUUUGGAGAACUGCCCCAACACCUGGUGCAUUCACCUAUACCUGGUAUAGCUGUGAGUCUUCUCUAUAAGGAGAGUCGAUUCCCUCUUGAUAGCUCACUAUCCUCAGCCUGGGGCUAGGCUCCUGGUACCACCCAGGACCUUUUCUGCCUUGACUCUAGCUUUCUGUGUUGCCCUGCCUACCCCCCAAUAUUAGCAGGCUCCCUUCCCAACAGACACCCUCCCUCUACUGGGAAUGGAUCUAUGCUGCCACUCCUGGUGACCUCAGCACGCUGCAUCACUGUCCUGUCCACGUGCCACAUUAUGGGCCCAGGAGAGGGGGUCCCUGGGUAGCAGAAUGCCUGGCCAUAUCUCUGAGGUCCCUAGUGCCACAGAGUUGAGCUGAGGGUCUCACUCACCCUCUGACUGACCCAGCCCUUGAAGGUGAGUGGAUUGAUAGCCUGAAGGAGGCCAUGCACUCUGUGUUCCUGAAAUGGUGACCUGCUGCAUGCUUGCUUAUCUACUAGGCUGAGUUAUGGGAGUGCUGAGGGAAAGUUUAGCUGCUUUUUAUUUUAGUCUUAAUCCUUUUUGAGCUCUAAGACUAUUUUUGUGCCUGUGAAAUAGGGAUUAAAGUGAAUAGUUGAUAAUUUAGGGUUCAAAAUUUAGAUUCUGAGGAAAACUAGUGAAGUUUUUUUUUCUUCUGAUAUCUAAAAGGCUUUGUUAAAGGCAGUUAUCUUAGCCCUUUACUUCAUCAUAGAUAACAUUUGACUCUUAACUUGGUACCAGAGAAGUGGAAGGUUUCUGUCAUUUUGUGACAAUAUUUUUAAAUUUCUUUGCAGGUGGAAGAAGAAAGGUGCCAGCCAUUUGGCAUGAAGAUAGAGUCACUUAGACGUCAUUCUUUUAAGCUGAGUGCAUUGUGAUUUCCAAUAAUUGAGGCAGUGGUUCUAAAAGCUGUCUACAUUAAUGAAAAGAGCAAUGUGGCCAGCUUGACUAAGCCGCCAGUGUGUGCAGCGCGGGCAGGACGCCACCGGGUUUCGACGGACUUGUGCAUGUUAGCAGUAUAGAUUUAUGUAAGGUGGUUUAAAACUCUGGUGUUUUAAAGUAGUCUUAACUGCUCAUAAUAUGGAGACAUAUGAGAGUCCCUCUCCUCUCCCGCGUGAGCCCGCAGGAGAAGCGAUGAUGGAGAACCGAGCUUGCCCCUUCCAAGUGCUGCCCCAUGAACAGUCUCCACCACCUCCCCUGCAAACGUCCAGUGAUGCAGAGGUAAUGGACGUUGGCUCUGGUGGUGAUGGACAGUCCGAACCUCCUGCCGAGGACCCAUUCAACUUCUACGGAGCUUCUCUUCUCUCCAAAGGAUCCUUCUCUAAGGGCCGCCUCCUCAUAGACCCGAACUGUAGUGGCCACAGCCCGCGCACUGCCCGGCACGCACCCGCAGUCCGGAAGUUCUCCCCUGACCUUAAGUUGCUUAAGGAUGUAAAGAUUAGUGUGAGCUUUACUGAGAGCUGUAGGAGUAAGGACAGGAAGGUGCUGUACACAGGAGUAGAACGCAGCACUCGUGCCGAAUGUAGCCUGCUCCUUAGUCCUGUCAGCGGGGACGUGCAUGCUUGUCCCUUUGGCGGGAGUGUUGGUAAUGGGAUAGGCCUAGGGGGUGAGAGUGCAGAUAAGAAGGAGGAGGAAAAUGAGCUGGAUCAGGAAAAGAGAGUGGAGUACGCAGUGCUCGAUGAGUUAGAAGAUUUUACUGACAAUUUGGAGCUAGAUGAAGAAGGAACAGGCGGGUUCACGGCUAAAGCAAUCGUUCAAAGAGACAGAGUGGAUGAAGAGGCCUUGAAUUUCUCCUAUGAGGAUGACUUUGACAAUGAUGUGGAUGCUUUGCUAGAAGAAGGUCUUUGUGCUCCCAAGAAGAGGCGAAUGGAGGAAAAAUAUGGCGGAGACAGUGAUCAUCCAUCUGAUGGAGAGACAAGUGUGCAGCCAAUGAUGACCAAGAUUAAAACAGUGCUCAAGAGUCGUGGCCGCCCACCUACAGAGCCUCUGCCUGACGGAUGGAUCAUGACUUUUCAUAAUUCUGGAGUCCCUGUAUACCUACACAGAGAGUCUCGAGUGGUCACCUGGUCCAGACCCUACUUCUUGGGAACAGGAAGCAUACGGAAACAUGAUCCUCCUCUAAGCAGUAUCCCCUGUCUGCAUUAUAAGAAAAUGAAGGACAAUGAGGAGCGGGAGCAAAACUGUGAUCUCAUGCCCAGUGGGGAGGUGUCACCUGUCAAGCCCCUGGGUCGAUCUGCAGAGUUGGAUUUCCCUUUGGAAGAACCUGACUCCAUGGGUGGAGACUCAGGGUCCCUGGAUGAGAAGGACCCACUAGGGACUGAGGCAGCCCCUGGAGCCCUGGGACAAGUGAAGGCUAAAGUUGAAGUGUGCAAAGAUGAAUCAGUUGAUCUGGAGGAAUUUCGUACCUACCUGGAGAAGCGUUUUGACUUUGAGCAAGUAACUGUGAAAAAAUUCAGGACUUGGGCUGAGCGGCGCCAGUUCAACCGUGAGAUGAAGCGGAAGCAGGCAGAGUCAGAGAGGCCCAUCCUGCCAGCCAACCAGAAGCUCAUCACUUUAUCUGUGCAAGACGCACCUACAAAGAAAGAAUUCGUCAUCAAUCCCAAUGGGAAGUCUGAGGUCUGCAUCCUGCACGAAUACAUGCAGCGUGUCCUCAAGGUCCGCCCUGUUUAUAAUUUCUUUGAAUGUGAGAAUCCAAGUGAGCCUUUUGGUGCCUCGGUGACCAUUGAUGGUGUGACUUACGGAUCUGGAACUGCAAGCAGCAAAAAACUUGCGAAGAAUAAAGCUGCCCGAGCCACACUGGAAAUUCUCAUCCCUGACUUUGUUAAACAGACCUCUGAGGAGAAGCCCAAAGACAGUGAGGAAUUGGAGUAUUUUAACCACAUCAGUAUUGAGGAUUCACGAGUCUACGAGCUGACCAGCAAGGCCGGGCUGUUGUCUCCGUAUCAGAUCCUCCAUGAGUGCCUUAAAAGAAACCAUGGAAUGGGUGACACAUCCAUCAAGUUUGAAGUGGUUCCUGGGAAAAACCAGAAGAGUGAAUAUGUCAUGGCAUGCGGCAAACACACAGUGCGCGGGUGGUGUAAGAAUAAACGAGUUGGGAAACAAUUAGCCUCUCAGAAAAUCCUUCAGCUGCUGCACCCACAUGUCAAGAACUGGGGGUCCUUACUGCGCAUGUAUGGCCGUGAGAGCAGCAAAAUGGUGAAGCAGGAGACCUCUGACAAGAGUGUGAUAGAGCUACAGCAGUAUGCCAAGAAGAACAGGCCCAACCUUCACAUCCUGAGCAAGCUGCAAGAGGAGAUGAAGAGGCUGGCUGCAGAGCGGAUUGCUAGGGAAGCUGCAGCACAUGGGAGUCUACCCUGGCAUUCUGAGGAGACCCUUCUGGCUUGGCCCAACCCAGCCCGCUCCCUGUACCUUCCCUCCUAGCCAGGAGGAAACGCGGAAGAAGCCCAAGAUGUCAAUUGUUGCAUCUGCCCAGCCUGGCGGUGAGCCCUUGUGCACAGUGGAUGUAUGAGGUAGGCGGCAUGGGCCAACAGUGCUACCCAGGAGACCAUCAGCCACACAUCAUCACUGCAGCACCAGGCCUCCAACCUAAGUUCCUUUCCUGUGGCAGUGUCGGCUCUACUCUGGCACACGGGGACAGCUGUGACAAUACAGCACACAUGCAAAGAAGCAGUUCUUCUGGAAGCUGCUCUGUGUGACUUGAUAUAUUAAGGAUCAGCUAUAAGUAACUACACAAGUGGAAGCUGAUAGACAGCUGUAGAUCCUGCUUGUACGUAUCUGCUGCGGACUGUUUUUAUGAAGGUUUUCAUGAAUUUUAGUACACUAUAUGCACUGACAAGAAGUGAUGCUUGGUUGAUAGAUGAGAUGACCAGGAUUUAUAGCUUUGGCUGGCCUAUGAUGCCUUUGCUCAUAGUUCCUUCUUGUGGAGCCACUGAGACCUGGUCAGAAGGUGCAGGUAUCCUGUCCUGUAGUAUUACCUGCUUUGUGUGUUUCCCAUUUUCCUCUGAAAAAGUUAUAAUAGAAAGGAUUAUUUCAGGCUAUUUUGGCUUAAAAUAAAACAAAAUUUUAGCAACAGAGCUACUUUUCAGAGAUUGCAUAGUGAAGAUACUGAACUGUCAAGAUACUGAGUGUUAAUCUGGUUGCAGUCUACUUCUUUUGAUGAUGUCUUAAUGCCCUAAUAGCUGUCUUCUGGAUACCCAAGCUCCCACCUUCAAUAAACUUUAGCAACACUUUUCUACAAAGAUUUUUGCACAAUCAAGUCCAUCUGUUGAUCGGUUUUUAAAGCUUUUAUGAUGUUUUAGAAUUUGGAAAGAAACUUUUACAGUGAGAGUGGAAGACAGAUUUAGUCUUGCAUUUCAACAGAUGGACUUGUGUAAAUAGGAAACAGGGCCUUCAGUGUAGCCCAUCACUGACCAAGAGCUGGCACUGCACAUGACAAGUAGUUAUGGCUUUUCUGGAUCUCAAGGGUGGCUGCUGUCUACAUACACCAAGCCUGGUGUCAGGUUUAGUCUUUGCCCAUCCAUGCUUACAGGAUAGCCAUGGAGAAGGGUAUUGAGUAGAGGUAUAUUGAGAACACAAGUCAUGGUCAAGAGUUAGCCUACCCCAAUACCUGUUCAGAGGGGCUGCAGUCUUAUAUGUUCUCAGUGUGUCUUUCAUCUGUACCUGAAUUUACAUGGAUGGCAUGUGUUGUCAGAAAGACAAAAUGGCAGCUAUGGGCAUCCCAACACUAUAUUCCUCCCCCCUGAUCACCUGUGUGAUAGCAGUUAACUUCUGUGUUAAUCUUGGCAAGAACAACUCUCCAAAUCAAGUUGCUAGAAUUGGAGACUUGAUUCCUUCUUCCUUGCCUCCCAUUCACAGUUGUGAUCAGCCUUUUGACUGACCCCAGAUUUGCCAUUGGGAAAGCCUUAAGCACAUGGUAAUGUGAUCUCUCUAUAGCUGUACUGGCCCAGGCAAUGUCAACAACAGGUGCUGCCACACACAGGUGGGUGAGUUUUAAAUGCACAGCCAUGUUAUAAUGCUGCAAGCCUGUGUAGAUGCUGGCCAUGGUUGUAGGGUGCACCCUGAUGGUCUGAACACAUAAAAUUGUCCAAAAGGGAA